AUGAGGAGGCAUGAACACAAAUCGGCCAAUGGCUGCUGCAUAUGUCGGUGUAAAUCAUCGACAUCAAGGUUUGCCAAGAGUGCAGUGUGGGAGAAAUACUUUGAGGAAUGUUUCCUCUUGAAAGAUAACGACAGGAAGGGCGACAUAUGCAACGCCUGUGUGCUGGUGGUGAAGAGGUUCUGCAAACAGAAGAAAAAUAGAGUUUUUGAUUACGUCGUAGAUAGCAGAUGUGGCCCGGGAAGCAAGAGCAUGAUCAAGAUUAAGAAGCAAAGGGCUCUGCAACAACAACAGCAGCAGCAGCUUCUACAGCAACAACAACAACAAAUACUCAACAGCAACUUCAGUAAUAAUACUCAGGACAGUAAUGUUGUUAUUAAAAAUAGUAAAAGUAGUUCGAUUAACAACCGCAACAAUGCCGUCAACAUCAACAGUAAUAAUACUACAAAUAUUGGUAGUAGUAGUGGCUAUAGUAAUGGUUAUCUUAGCAAUCUUACUAGCAGCAGCAGUAGUACGAGUAGUAGUGGUAGUUGUAGCAGCAGUAAUAGCGGCUGUAGUAGUAGAAGUAGCAAAGAUCGUUCAUUCCGCGCCAGAAUAAAUAGCAAGAGCAAAAAAAACCACCGAUCGAUAAAAUUCAACAAAAAUUUCAACUACUCACGAGACAGUAAAAACAACCACAGCAGCUGUAGCAGCAGUUGUAGUAGCUGCAGAAAAGACGACCACAGCAGCAGCCAGGAUAGCAGCGUGGCUGACGACAGCUGCUGCAACCUCGUGAUUACAAAUGAUGAGGAUUUGAAUCUGUGGUGGAGAUUGAUCAUGAGAGAUGCGAUCGUCGUUGCUCGAAACAUUAACGACUUCAAAAUGUACAAGGUAUGUUGCGGUGCUGUCAUGUUCUCAGGUCGCACCGGUGAAUUUCUUGUACUCCACGGCCAAUACAGGCAGUGUGCUUUCCAUCAGAAGUUAUUUCGAUCAAAAUCAGCAGCAGCAGCAGUGGCUUCAACAACAGCAACAGCAGUGGCGACUACCUUGCAGCCAUUAUUCCGAGAAGUUUCCACAUCACUGGCUCUGCUAUCGUUAUCAGUAGCCCCAUCACCUUCACCACAUUUAUCAUCGGCAGUAGCCGCACCUACGUCAAAUGAUUUUUUGACGCCGUCGUCGUCGUCGUCGUCGCCGUCACACGCCACCACCACCACUAACGAUGAUGGGGUGGUGGUGAAUGAGGAGGAUGAUGAUGAAGGGGAGGGUGAUGAUAACGAGAAUGCAUCAUCUUGGAUGGUCCGUGGUGGUUAUCGGGCUUGGGUCAGUGCCCUACUCAAGAUGCCUAGACUACCUCUGCCUCAAUGUGUCUGA